AAUUGCUUGUUUCUGUAUAUCGGUCGUUGUUUGCCACGUCUGUUAUCCCCUUUUUAUAUGUUUUUAUGGCAGUUUACUUCAUCAUUUAACAUUAAUUUUUGUAUUUAAAGACUGUCCAACUAAGUAAUUGUAAAAAUGUAUGUUUUGCAGCAAUUUAUUAUUAUAGUCUGUACUUUAGUUGUAGUAAAUUGUUUGAUGUUCCGAUUACCUGCUAACAGUAAACGUUGCUUAAAAGAAGAAAUCCAUAAAGGUGUGCUAGUUAAUGGAGAAUAUGAUCUAAGUGAUGCUCCUGGUCAAAAAACAGAUUUGCUGGUUACAGAUACAAAAGGUCAUAUAUUAGUUUCAAGAGAAAAUGUAGAUAAGGGAAAGUUUGUCUUUGUCACUGAUGACUAUGAUGUAUUUGAAGCAUGUUUUUCUUCAAAGAUGCCUCCUGGGCAGAGAGGUCAAGACCGAGAAGUUGUCUUAACUUUAAAGCAUGGUGUUGAAGCUAAGAGUUAUGACAGUAUUGCUGAAGUUGGACGUCUGAAACCUCUGGAAGUUGAGCUGCAGAAACUUGAAGACUUGUCUGAAUCAAUUGUAAAAGACUUUGCGUACAUGCGGCAGCGUGAAGCUGAGAUGAGAGAUACAAAUGAAUCUACAAACACACGUGUGCUUUACUUCAGCAUAUUUUCCAUGUGCUGCCUUUUGGGAUUAGCUACCUGGCAAGUUCUUUAUCUAAGAAGAUUUUUCAAGGCUAAGAAACUUAUAGAAUGAGCAUUUAUUUCUUCUGUGAAGAUUUGUAAAAAAGAAAUGUACUGUUUUAAAUCAGAAUUAAAGAAUGCAGUUUUUAAAAGCUUUCUUAAACAUUCAUGGCAUUGAAAAUUUGCUCUAACUUAUUUUUUCUUAGUAAAACUUAGUUUGAUAUCAAAGAUCUUUUAAAUUGUAUUUUUCUUUGGAAAUUUAAGAUAAUUUUAAUAUCAGUACUGGCAUUCAUUUAAAUAAGGUAUUAUUAUAUAAUAUGGAAUUACGUAUUUUAAUCAGUCUUUCACUUUUUAAGCAAGUGUGUUAUAAUCUAUAUCGAAAACUUUUUUGGGAUGAAAAUGGGUUUAUGUUUUCCAGUUUUCUUACAUACUAAUUUAUUCUAUCUUUUGCAUUUCCUUUUAUAUGAUAAAUUUUUCAUUCAUAGCUUUAGCUAAUUUAAUUUUGAUGCAUAUAAUAUGAGUAAGAAUUUGAUUAGUUUUAGUUCCUACCAAGAAAUUUUAUUUUUCUGGAGAGAAUUGUGCUGUAAAUAUAUUUCUAUCAUCUACAAGCUUAUCAGGAGAAAACUUAUUCUUUCCAAUAAGAAGUAAUUGUCUGUUUAAAUCACUUAAUAUCAUCAUUUCAAUAACUUUACCAAGUGAACUUAUGAAAAUCAUCUCAUCAGAAGAUUGAAAAAUGACAUAUGAAAUGUUAAUGUUGCUUCUGUGUUUCUCUGUUUAAAGUACAUGUUUGUCACAUAAAAAGGUACUGGAUUUUUUGGUAAAGAAUGUGUAAUACUUGUGUGGUGAUUUAACCAACAUACCAAAAAAUGCUAUCUAAAAAAUAAGAUGGAGAUUUUCCAUAAGUAAUUGAUGUUAUGGAAGAUGCAGAUAUAGUAUUCAUAUGAAACCAUUUUACAUACUUGAUGUGAUAAAAACUAUUAUCAUUGAAACUUUUAUUGGUGGAAUAAACAGUAUGUCUGUAAAAAAAAAAGUACUGCUUAAUAAAAAAAAUAUUAUUGUUAUUUGACUUUACAA